AUGUUCCCGCUCCUGCUGCUCCUCGGCGCGGUCGCGGGGCUGCACGCAGACCUCCAUCCUCAUAAAAUCUUUCUGCAGACCACAGUUCCUGAGAAGAUUUCAUCAUCGAAUGCAAAAAAAGAUCCAGAAAAUAAUGUUGCCUAUGUUAUUACAAUAGAAGGAAGACCAUAUUUUGUCCAUCUCAAAAAGCAAUCAUUUUUAUCUUCAACUUCUGUUAUUUAUUCUUAUGACAAAGAUGAUGCCCAGCAUUCUGAGCCUUUGUUAGAUCAGAUGGAUUGCAACUAUAAUGGAUAUGUUGCAGGGUUUCCAAAUUCUCUUGUGACGCUCAGCACUUGUUCAGGACUCAGGGGGACGAUACAGUUUAAAAACAUCUCGUAUGGAAUUGAACCGUUGGAGGCUGUAUCAGGAUUUGUGCACAUGAUUUAUGAAGAAAGAAGUGAUAACACUAAUAUUCCUCUCUUAGGAGAAAAUGACACAUAUUCUUGGUUUGAAAAUUCACAGUAUCAAGUCAGAAAAAGUUCAGAAAGAACUGAAUUUACCAGGUUAUUUCCUCGAUAUCUUCAAAUGCAUAUUGUUGUGGAUAAAAAUCUGUUUGUUUACAUGGGCUCUGAUAUAAAGGCUGUAACACAGAAGGUUAUUGAGAUAAUUGGCCUUGUUAACACUAUGCUUACCCAGUUAAAACUGACUGUUGUAAUAUCUUCCAUUGAAAUCUGGUCAAACAAAAACAAAAUUUCUACUCUAGGGCUUCCUGAUAAUGUAUUAUUUAGAUUUUUAGAAUGGAGAAAUGACCAUCUUAAUCUUCAACAACAUAAUAUUGCAUACUUACUUGCCUUCAAGAAACAUCCUACCUUUACAGGAGCCACAUUUUCUGGAAGUGUAUGUGAUAAGAAUUAUGCUGCAGGAAUUGCUCUGUAUCCAGAGGGCUUUUCCUUGGAGUCAUAUACUGCCAUGAUUGUGCAGUUACUUGGCCUUAAUCUGGGAUUAACUUACGACAACACCGACACCUGCUAUUGUUCAGGAGAUGUUUGCACAAUGACGCCAAAAGCAGUGUACUCUGGGGGUAUAAAAGAUUUUAGCACCUGUAGCUUGGAUGAGUUUAAAUAUUUUGCUUCGCGUUAUGGCCUUGACUGUCUUCGGGAAAAUCCUUUUGAUAUGCCAGUUUACAGGCAAGCACAGAAGAAGAUAUGUGGCAAUGGAAUAUUGGAAGGUGAUGAAGAAUGUGAUUGUGGCACGAAAGAGAAUUGUACACAUAAAUCCUGCUGUGAUCCUGCGUCAUGCAAAUUGAAAGGUAAUAUCGUAUGUGGUUCUGGAGAAUGCUGCACAAAAGAUUGCAAGUUAAAACCAGUUAAUACACCUUGUAGGAAACCAACUGAUGAAUGUGAUUUUGCUGAAUUUUGCAAUGGGAAAGACCCGCACUGUGUGCCUGACACUUAUGCACACAAUGGACGUUCCUGUGACUCAGGUGGAGCCUUCUGUUAUAAUGGAAUAUGUCGAACUUUUGUCAAACAGUGUAGAAAUUUAGUUGGAGGAGAUUCUAGAGGUGGUUCAUUUGCUUGUUAUGAAGAAAUAAAUUCCAGAACAGAUAGAUAUGGAAACUGUGGCAGAAAUUUUUGUCCAUUUGGUGAUCUUCUAUGUGGAAAAUUAGUUUGUGCCUGGCCACACAAAACAUUCAUAUCACGUGCAAAUUUAUCUGUGAUUUACGCACAUGUUCUAGAUGAAACAUGUGUGUCCACGUUUCGACCUCAUCAUGCAUUGUCUGAACCAGGUAAAAGUCUUUCAGUUUCGACAUAUUAUAGACCUGAAGACAGAGAUGAUACAUUUGUAGAAGAUGGCUCUGUGUGUGGUCCUGAUAUGUUUUGUGUAAGAAUGAGUUGUAGGGAAGUUCGAUUCCAUAUUAAUUCCACUUGUGUUGCAUCUAGAGAUUGCAAUCUGCAUGGAAUUUGCAACAAUUUUAACCACUGCCAUUGUGAUAAAGGGUUUUAUCCUCCUAACUGCAAACCAAGGAAAGGAGAGUUUGGAAGUAUCGAUGACGGACACAUGAUCAAAACUGGUAAAAGUUAUUUGGAAGGAAGACAUGUCACUCUUCAAAAACACCAGUUUCGACUCAUUUUCUACGUCUCUCUACCUGUGUUUAUUAUUACUGUUGCUGUUUUAAUAACACAGACUAAAUUAAGAAAGCUAUGCUACAGAGGGGAAACUGAAAAUCUGUAUCAGAAGAAAGCAGCAGUAACAGCAAGUUACCCCCCAGUGAGAGGUUAUCUUCUAAUAAUAAACAAUGAAAUUGAGUUUCUUGGUGGCCCAGCCUCUCCUCCCUGGCCUGUACUAAAGGAAGGACUUUGGUGGCCCCACACCAGCAUGUAG